GACUCAAUCAAUUGUGACAACUGACUACUUCGAACAGCAAGAUCCUGACCUGCCAGUGUGUCCAUAUCUCAACAGAACCGAAGGAGAGAGACCUAGAACUCCAGAUUCCGGCCCAUGCUCCGAGCAUAAAAUUGAGGCGCAUCACAUGAUCCAUCCCGCGGGGGCUAUCCGGAACUAACCAGAGUAAGUUAUCCGACGAGAUAAACGUCUCUCCAUACACUCAAGUCGAAUCAUUGUCAACCGGCCAAAAUGCGCAACCUGGUCUCCCUGCUAAGCUGUCUCCUCGUAUCCAUAUUCAUCGGCCUGGUCCAAUGCAAAGCAACAAACGAUAACCUCCCCAAAUCGGUAGAAGUCUAUCACUGGGCCGUGAAUGUACCGCAACCAUCACUUCUAGCCAAGAUAGCUUACAACCCCGACACGCUCGAGAGCAAAGUCCUCUCAUAUACUCCCCCGACCAUUGAAAAUACCGGUGGAAAUGGACCUCAUUACAGGAUAGGAUUCUAUACAACUGCGGCAGAUGGCUCGAAGCAAUGGGUUGGGAGUCUCGUCUCGCAGUCUGCAUUGACGACGCAACAUAAUACUUUGCAGCUAUAUCUGAGUGGCUCACAACAACACGACUUGUACCACGUCUCGCUCCACAAGGGUUAUAAUGCGGAUCAGUCCUCUGAUUCUGUUGCCGUGGAACUCAUAUAUCCUGAGGCUGGUGCAAUGCCAGAGCUGAAUAAACCUAUUGUGGUCAAUCCGGAUGGUACAGGUCCUCAGGAAGAGGUUGAGAAGACGUUUUUCCAGAAGUAUUGGUGGGUGUUGAUGAUCGUUGCGCUUAUGACGUUGUCUGGAGGCGGAGGAGAAGGACAAUAAAUCCCAAAUACAUUUUACGGGGGAAAUGGAUGUUAUGAAUACGAUCUUGGUAGAUCAGUUUGAAUGCCCUGAGCAACUAUCCUAUGUACACUACACUGUUAUACACAACCUAAUCAUGACCUCACAAAUGACCUGUCAGAUCAAUCGACUGCCAUAUCAUCUGCUUCCUCUGAUUCAUCCGCCGAGUCAUCCCCUGCAUCCUCUUCUCCAGCCUCUGAUCCGCCCUCGGAUGAGUAGUCUGUGUGAAGCUCUGGAAUCCGUGGCCCAUAUCCCACAAUUGGUGCGUUUUCAGUAUCCAGAUUCAAAGUAUCUCGUCUCCGUCGUGUUUGCGGUCCCAAAUCCCACGUCAUCAAUCCACGAUCCGUCAAACCUACAAUAACAUCAUCGUUCUCCGUAAACAUGAGCUUGAAACAAACCGCUUCCAUGUGUAUCACCACAGGACGCAACUCAGUCAACUUCUCAUCGUCUUCUUCCAGACACCAUGUCCUGGGAUAGUAGCUACUCUCACGACCCAAGAUCACUUCUCCCGGAUUCAACGCCCAGACGUACAAUGUAUUCCAAUUCGAGACUGCGACCCGGGUACCGUUGGGCGAGGCAGCAAAGAUCCCACCUAUUGUACUUGGAGACAACUCAGGAUGGCCACAAAGCAUUGCAACAGCUUCCCAUGACGGUAGGCGUCGACCCCUUUCUAGAUUGGUCUCGUGCAUACAAGUUAUAGCACGACAUUCGGAUUGCGCUUUCAGUAAACAUGCCACUGCCUUCCCGCCGGAACGAGGAGUACCAAUGGCGUAAGAAAGAUAUCUCCAUCGACAGAUAUCGUUAUCACCGUCUAGCGGAGUAUAUGUCUCAUGCGUGGCGAAAAAGGGAAUAUCUACCGUGAAAUAGAGCAAUGAUAGGUCUGAUUGAUCAUUCAUGAUCCUGGCGUAAUUUCUAUGAGCGCUAUUGCCCACGAUCGUUGUACCAUGCUCACCCCUCAAGAAAGAGAGGUUAUGAUAAUAACUAAAAAUGGUAGAUCCCCGAUGACUAUGCAGUAACUGGUUCCUGUCGUUAUAUCUGAGCUCCGCUACUGGGCCCAAACCCGCGACUUCACGAUGCUGCGAGAGCUGAGCAACACCGCUUCUCGGUUGCACCCACAAGCCC